AUGUCAGGAGACGAGCAAAAAACUAAUCCUAACCUCCACCAGGAGCGAGGGAUUCAACAACAACGUUUUCUCGCAUGUUGUCUCGUGAUUGCAAUCGCUGUUGUUUGGUCAUUUCAAUUCAUCGUUCAGUUUUCAUAUGAUGUCAAGCAAACUUUAGGUCUUACGUCUGUAACAUUGCUGUUAUUAUAUUUAUCAUCUUUCGUGUUUUUUAAGAAUCGUAAAAAAUAUUCAAACAAACACAUUGAAUUAGGUAAAACCGACAACGAGAGUCAAGCGCUACAUCUAGUAUCUGUAACAGAACAAGAAAAUUUUCAAAAGGAGUUUAAUAAAAUUAACAAGAUGGCCGAAACACCCGUAAGUUUUGUCGUCGGCGGGUCUGAUCAACUUGAAGAACUAGAAUUAGAAACAGAGGAUAGCUUUCCUAUUGAAGGAUUUGAUGGUUAUCAACAGCCACCGGCAAUGCCAAGUAUUAACGAACAACGUAGGCGGUUAAGAAGAAUAAAAAGAUUUGUCUUAGCACAAAGUAAUGCUACAGACAUAACUUGGAAAAGUUCGGAUAAUUUUUAUGCUGAAUCUGGGAAUUAUAACGUCGAAAAACAUAAUCAUCGCAGAGCUUCUGAAGACUGUGAUGCAUCAGUAUUAAUCUCAAAUGAGAGUGUAAAAUCAAAAUCUUCGAUGUCAUCAACAUCUCUCCAGCCCAGCAUGUCGCAGGGUACGGUGAUGAUUAUGACCCAAAAUCGUUUACAAGAAAAAGAUUUCACGGUUGCUACACCUGAAGAAUUCGUUCACCGUUUUGGUGGUACGAAAGUAAUAAAUAAAGUUCUGAUAGCAAAUAAUGGAAUUGCCGCAGUAAAAUGUAUGCGUUCAAUAAGAAGAUGGUCAUACGAAAUGUUUAAAAAUGAGCGAGCGAUAAGAUUUGUAGUAAUGGUAACACCUGAAGAUCUCAAGGCUAACGCAGAAUACAUUAAGAUGGCAGAUCAAUAUGUGCCUGUACCUGGAGGAACUAAUAACAACAAUUAUGCUAAUGUCGAAUUAAUUGUUGACAUUGCAAUUCGUACUCAAGUUCAAGCUGUUUGGGCAGGAUGGGGUCACGCUUCUGAAAACCCUAAGCUACCAGAAUUAUUGCAUAAAAAAGAUAUUUCAUUCAUUGGGCCAUCAGAACGUGCUAUGUGGGCUUUAGGAGACAAAAUAGCAUCUAGUAUCGUUGCCCAAACUGCUGAUGUUCCAACAUUACCAUGGUCUGGAUCAGGAUUAAAAGCUCAGUACAGUGGAAAAAAAAUAAAAAUAUCAUCGGAGCUAUUUAAAAAAGGUUGUGUGUCAACAAUAGAAGAAUGUUUAGCAGCUGCUAAUAAAAUUGGAUUUCCUGUUAUGGUAAAAGCUAGUGAAGGAGGAGGUGGUAAAGGUAUUCGUAAAGUUGAAAAUGCUGAAGAAUUACCAACACUCUUUCGUCAAGUUCAAACCGAAGUUCCUGGAUCGCCAAUAUUCAUAAUGAAACUUGCUAAAUGUGCACGUCACUUGGAAGUUCAAUUACUUGCGGAUAUUUAUGGCAAUGCAAUAUCUUUAUUCGGCCGUGACUGUUCUAUUCAAAGAAGACAUCAAAAAAUCAUAGAAGAAGCACCUGCAGUUAUUGCAAAGCCAGAAAUAUUUGAAGAAAUGGAAAAAGCUGCAGUAAGACUUGCCAAAAUGGUAGGAUACGUCAGUGCAGGAACAGUAGAAUAUCUCUAUGAUACGUCAGGAUCCUAUUACUUUUUAGAAUUAAACCCCAGAUUGCAAGUUGAGCAUCCAUGUACAGAAAUGGUAUCAGAUGUUAAUUUGCCAGCUGCCCAGCUACAAAUAGCAAUGGGCUUGCAUCUUCAUCAUAUUAAAGACAUACGAUUGUUGUACGGUGAAAGCCCAUGGGGUGAUAGCGCAAUAGAUUUUGAUCAGCCACGGCAUAAACCUCAACCUUGGGGUCAUGUAAUCGCCGCGCGAAUCACCAGUGAAAAUCCAGAUGAAGGAUUUAAACCAAGUUCUGGUACAGUUCAAGAGCUUAACUUUAGAUCAUCGAAAAACGUCUGGGGAUAUUUUUCUGUUGGUGUAUCUGGUGGUCUUCAUGAGUUUGCUGAUUCUCAAUUUGGUCACUGUUUUUCAUGGGGUGAAGAUCGUAAUCAAGCACGUGAAAACCUUGUUAUUGCAUUAAAAGAAUUGAGUAUUCGAGGUGAUUUUCGUACGACAGUUGAAUACUUGAUUACAUUAUUAGAAACUGAAUGUUUCCUAACUAAUAAUAUUGACACCGCAUGGUUAGAUGCUUUGAUUGCAGAACGUGUUAGAAGUGACAAACCAGAUGUUUUACUUGCUGUAACUUGCGGUGCUCUUCAUAUUGCUGAUCGUACUAUUACGGCAGCUUUUUCUGGAUUCCAAACAAGUUUAGAACGUGGUCAAAUCCAAGCUGGCAAUGAUUUAAACAAUAUUAUUGAUGUGGAAUUGAUAAAUGAUGGUAUUAAAUAUAAAAUUCAAACAGCCAAAAGCGGCCCAAACAGUUAUUUCCUUGUAAUGAAUAAUUCUCACAAAGACGUUGAGGUUCAUCGUCUAUCAGACGGUGGUAUAUUACUUUCAUUUGAUGGUGCAAGUUUUACAACAUAUAUGCGCGAAGAAGUUGAUCGUUAUCGAAUUGUUAUUGGAAAUCAAACAUGCGUUUUUGAAAAAGAUAACGACCCUUCUCUGUUGAGAUCACCAUCUGCGGGUAAGCUAAUUAGUUUUCUUGUUGAAGAUGGAGGUCAUGUCGAGCCAGGACAAGCCUAUGCUGAAAUUGAAGUUAUGAAAAUGGUAAUGACAGUAACAGCUGGUGAAGCAGGUAGUGUUUUUUAUGUAAAAAGACCAGGUGCAGUUUUAGAAGCAGGAGUAUUAAUUGCUCAUUUAGAAUUAGAUGAUCCAUCUUUAGUAACAAAAGCUCAAGAUUAUACAGGUCAAUUCCCUGCGCCAAUUAUUCCUGCUAUUCCAGAAAAAUUGAAUCUUCUUCAUUGUAAAUACCGUGCUUCAUUGGAAAAUACAUUAGCAGGAUAUUGUUUGCCUGAUCCUUAUCAUUUGCCAAGACAACGUGAAUUGAUUGAAAAAUUUAUGAACUCAUUGCGAGAUCCCAGUUUACCACUUCUUGAGCUUCAAGAAGUAAUAUCAACAAUUUCUGGAAGAAUUCCAAUAUCAGUUGAGAAAAAAAUUCGUAAAUUAAUGACAUUAUAUGAGCGGAAUAUCACUUCUGUUUUAGCCCAAUUUCCCAGUCAACAAAUUGCUGCUGUAAUCGAUAGUCAUGCUGCAACUUUGUCUAAAAGAUCUGAUAGGGAUGUAUUUUUCCUUACAACUCAAGCAAUCGUACAGCUAGUUCAACGUUACCGAAAUGGAAUAAGAGGACGUAUGAAAACUGCCAUGCAUGAAUUAUUACGACAAUAUUAUACAGUAGAGAGUCAAUUUCAACAGGGUCACUACGAUAAGUGUGUAUCUGCACUUAUUCAACAAUAUAAAGACAAUAUGUCUAUGGUAACUAACACUAUAUUUAGUCAUAAUCAGGUAUCAAAGAAAAAUGUUCUUGUAACAAUGUUGAUUGAUCAUUUAUGGGCAAAUGAACCAGGGCUUACUGAUGAAUUAGCUAGUACGUUGACUGAACUUACAAGUUUAAAUCGCGCUGAACAUUGUAGAGUUGCUUUACGAGCACGUCAAGUACUUAUUGCAGCGCAUCAACCGGCCUAUGAAUUAAGACACAAUCAAAUGGAAUCAAUUUUCCUGUCAGCAGUUGAUAUGUAUGGUCAUGAUUUCCAUCCAGAAAAUCUUCAAAAACUAAUUUUAUCAGAAACGUCAAUCUUUGAUAUACUCCAUGACUUCUUUUAUCAUACCAAUCGAGCUGUUUGUAAUGCAGCUUUAGAAGUUUACGUACGAAGAGCUUACAUUAGUUACGAAUUUACUUGUUUACAACACCUUGAGUUAUCUGGUGAAAUUCCAUUGGUGUAUUUCCAAUUUUUAUUACCAAGUAAUCAUCCUAAUCGUCAAAAUCAGUUAUUAAUUAAUCAUCGAACUGGCGCAGUUGCAGCAUUCCAAGAUUUGGAUCAUUUUAGCCAAUAUGCUGAUGAAGUUUUGGAUCUUUUACAAGAUCUUUCAUCGCCAAAUUCUGUUUCUGCAAAAGUUUUAGAAGCCGUUGAUGCAGCUGGUAGUGAAUCACGUCAUAGUACAUCGAUUAAUGUAUCAUUUAGUACAACUGAAGCCGGUGGACCUGUAGAAAUUGGUGAAAAAUCUGCUGAGCCAGUUCAUAUUUUAAGCAUUACCGUACAAGACAAUGGUAAUCAAGAUGAUGCAGCUAUGGCAAGACUUUUUGGUGAUUGGUGUGCUUCAAAUAAAGAAGAACUUGUAUCACGUGGCAUUAGACGGGUGACUUUUGCAGCUCUUCAAAAACGCCAAUUUCCAAAAUUUUUCACUUACCGUAAUAGAGAUGGAUUUGUUGAAGACCGAAUUUAUCGUCAUUUAGAGCCCGGUUGUGCUUUUCAAUUGGAACUUAAUCGAAUGAGAACCUAUGAAUUAGAAGCUUUACCAACAUCUAAUCAAAAAAUGCAUUUAUAUCUUGGUAAAGCUAAAGUUGCUAAAGGCCAACAAGUAACAGAUUAUCGUUUCUUUAUACGUUCGAUAAUACGUCACUCAGAUUUGAUAACAAAAGAAGCAAGUUUCGAUUACCUUCACAACGAGGGUGAACGUGUCCUUCUCGAAGCAAUGGAUGAACUUGAAGUUGCUUUCUCUCAUCCUCUAGCUAAGCGCACAGAUUGUAAUCAUAUAUUUUUAAACUUUGUACCUACUGUAAUAAUGGAUCCGGCAAGAAUUGAAGAGAGUGUUACAAGUAUGGUGUUACGUUACGGUCCAAGAUUGUGGAAAUUACGAGUACGUCAGGCAGAAAUAAAGAUGACUAUUCGUCCAGCACCCGGAAAACCAACAUCAACUGUACGUUUAUGUAUUUCUAAUGACAGUGGUUACAGUAUUGAUCUGCAUUUAUAUACAGAAACUACCGAAGCCAAAACCGGAAUUAUUCGAUUAGAAUCAUACAGUCCAAUAAAUUCUAACAGAAGACCUGGGCCUAUGCACGGAAUGCCAGUUUCUACACCUUAUUUAACAAAAGAUUAUCUUCAGGCAAAAAGAUUUCAGGCUCAAAGUUCCGGAACAACUUAUGUUUAUGAUCUCCCUGAUAUGUUCCGUCAAGAACUAGAAAAGGCUUGGGCUAAAUACAUUGAAGAACGUCCAAAUAUAGAAAAUUUAUCGAUCCCUAGUCCUGUAAUAGAUUGCAUAGAGCUCGUAUUAGAUGGUGAAAAUCUUGUUGAACAAAAACGAUUGCCCGGAGAAAAUGACGUUGGAAUGGUUGCUUGGAAGUUGACUCUUUUUACUCCAGAAUUUCCAUUGGGUCGUGAAAUUAUUCUUAUUGCCAAUGAUUUAACACAUUUAAUAGGUUCAUUUGGACCCAAAGAAGAUCUUGUAUUUUAUCGGGCAUCUGAACGAGCAAGACAACUUGGAAUACCCCGAGUAUACUUUUCUGCAAAUUCUGGAGCUCGUAUUGGGCUUGCUGAAGAAGUUAAAGCAUUGUUUAAAAUUGCUUGGGAGGAUGAUGCAGUACCUGAAAAAGGUUUCAAGUAUAUCUACUUGACUCCCGAUGAUUAUGCUCGCUUAUCACCUCUUAAUUCGGUUAAAGCAUCGCUUAUAGAAGAUGGUGGUGAAGCACGUUAUAAAAUCACCGAUAUUAUUGGUAAAGAUGAUGGUCUUGGAGUAGAAAAUCUUAAGUAUGCUGGUUUAAUUGCUGGUGAAACGUCUCGGGCUUAUGAUGAAAUAGUAACCAUUUCAAUUGCUAGUUGUCGUGCAAUUGGAAUUGGAUCUUACUUAGUACGACUUGGUCAACGUGUUAUACAAAUUGAAAAUUCUCAUAUUAUUCUUACUGGUUAUCGUGCACUUAAUGCUGUUCUUGGACGAGAAGUUUACGCCAGUAAUAAUCAAUUGGGUGGAAUACAAAUAAUGUAUCACAAUGGUAUAUCUCAUGUAACAGAACCGAGAGAUCUCGAUGGUAUUGCUACUGUUCUGAAGUGGAUAAGUUUUGUACCAAAAAAUAAAGGAGGGGCUCUGCCAAUUAUUACACCAGCUGAUCCAGUUGAUAGGGAAAUUGGAUAUGUUCCAACAAGAACACCGUAUGAUCCAAGGUGGAUGCUUGAUGGUAGAAAAAGUACAGUAGAUCCUACCAUGUGGGAAUCUGGAUUCUUUGAUUUUGGUUCUUGGGCCGAAAUAAUGAGACCAUGGGCUCAAACCGUUGUUACUGGUCGUGCUAGAUUAGGUGGUAUUCCUUGUGGAAUUGUUGCUGUCGAAACUAGAACAAUGGAAAUUCACUUACCUGCUGAUCCCGCUAACCUUGAUUCUGAAGCAAAAACAGUAUCACAAGCGGGUCAAGUUUGGUACCCUGACAGUGCAUUCAAAACUGCACAAGCAAUCAAAGAUUUUAAUAGAGAAGAAUUACCACUAUUUAUUUUUGCUAAUUGGCGAGGAUUUUCCGGUGGUAUGAAAGAUAUGUAUGAACAAAUUAUGAAGUUCGGAGCAUACAUUGUUGAUGGUUUAAAAGAGUACAAAAAACCAGUAUUUAUCUAUAUACCACCAAACGGAGAACUAAGAGGAGGUGCAUGGGCUGUAGUAGAUCCUACGAUAAAUCCACGUUUCAUGGAAAUGUUCGCAGACAAUACUAGCAGAGGAGGAGUUCUAGAACCUGAAGGCAUUGUUGAAAUUAAAUUUAAAACAAAAGAUAUUCUAAAAACUAUUCAUCGACUUGAUCCUGUUGUUCAUAAUUUAAAGGAAAAAUUAUCACACCCAUUAACAGCGGAGGAGCGAGCAAAAGUAGAAAUAGAAAUUCAUUCUCGAGAACAAAUCCUUGAGCCGAUGUAUCGUCAGGCAGCAGUACAUUUUUCAGAUCUUCACGAUACACCAGAACGUAUGUUAGAGAAGAAUGCAAUAAAUGAUAUAAUACCAUGGCGUAAGGCACGCACUUUACUUUAUUGGCGUCUACGUCGUCGUUUAUUGGAAGAAGAAUUCAGAAGCGAUAUUUUAUCUACACAACCAAGUCUUGAUGUACGGCAAGUUGAUGCAAUGUUAAGACGUUGGUUUGUUGAAGAUAAAGGUACAACUGAAUCUUAUCUUUUGGACCAAGAUGAAAGCGUAGUUGAAUGGUUACAAAGUCAACGAGAUGACGAGGAUAGUGUAGUAAUGCAUAAUAUAAAUUGUGUAAAACGAGGUGCAGUAGUUACCCACAUUAAAGAUUCUCUUGAAAAGUGUCCUGAUGUACGUCUGGAAGCUGUACUUGAAAUUGCUCACCGACUUACUUCUGCCGAACGAGCUGAACUUCAACGCACUCUUGCACAAUUGGAAGCAUCCACAGUUCAAGAGCACCAUAAUGACUCGAGUGCCUCAUCGUAA